AUGAGUUGUGGCGAUUGCCCCAUCUGUCUGGAGCCUCUAGACUACGGUCGUAGUCGUUUGACAGAGUGUGGCCAUGAAUAUCACUGGGAUUGUAUCAGGAAAUGGCAUCAUCAUUCGCAGGAUCUAAAAUGCCCUACGUGCAGAGCGGAAUCGCACUUCUUGAAGAACGUGGACCAAAACCUAGUGGUAGAUCUGAAGAAGAACAGCGCUGCUAAUCGUGUUAUUUCUGAGAUCUCUGAGCAGGUUAGGCACCUUGCAUUGGGAACUGAAGCCUCGCAACGGAGCUGGACUUUGAGUACGCUAGAGUGCGGAAUCUGCGGUGCUUUGGACUCAGAAAUUAACAGAUAUUGUACCCUUUGCUAUUCUGCAUAUCAUGAACAGUGUCUGAGGACGUUACAAUUCGAAGUAGGCGAUUUUAGUAGCCGCGUAUACUGUUGUAACUGCCAUGGAACUUUCAGAGAUUCAGAGCCAGAAAGGGUUGGUAGCGCUAGUCAUAGGACUGGUAGGCUUCGCAGACCAAUUCGCUCUUCCCCUAUCGCUGCCUCUGCCGUUCUUGGUGGCGGUGAAUUCGAAGUGGACGAAUCUUGGAAGUUAUUAUCUCAAUUACAACAAGAAUCUAGACUAUUGGAACACAAACGGCAGAUACAAAGCCAUGUUCGCAAGGCUUUACAUACACAUUUCCAGCAAUCUUUGGCUCAAUCGCAAUCUGUAAGUAAAGGACAAUUUACCGAUAUUAACAAAACAGUUUCUCGACACCUGUAUCGCAUAUCCGGUAACGUGUACCAGCCAGAAACAGUCAAUUAUGAUUUAGAGGCACAGAAACUUAUCAUAUGCGAACUUGCUAAAAUUGGGAAGACGGACACGCAUAACUUUAUACACCUAUAA